AUGAACAAUAAGACUCCUAUUUCAGUCGUGACAGAUGGGGACAAAGCAAUGAGUAAAGCUAUUAAAACGGUUUUUCCAAAGUCUCGACAUCGUUUAUGUGUGUGGCAUCUUGAAAGGAAUGCUUUUGCAAAUCUACAUGAUAAAGUAUAUGAAAGUUUUAUUAGGUGUAUGGUACGAUAUGUUACACCAGAUGAAUUUGAAGACAUGUGGAAGAAAAUGGUCGACAAUCACAAUUUACAUAACCAUGAAUGGUUGCAUGAAAUGUAUGCUAAAAAAAUGAAAUGGGCUGAAGCUUACAUGAGAGGUCAUUUUUUUUCUGGGUGCAGGAGUACACAACGUUGUGAAGCCAUGAAUGCAUUCUUGAAUAGAUUUCUGGAUAGGAAGACUAGGCUUUAUGAGUUGUUCCAGCAAGUUGAUAGAGCACUUUCACGUAUUAGACACAAUGAGAUGGGGGCAGAUUUUUCUUCAAAUUAUACUGAACCUAUUUUGAUUACUGGGUUAGCUGAAAUAGAGAAACAUGCUGCUACUCUAUUCACAAGGGAGACAUUCAGCAUGGUUCAAGAAGAAUUAUUAAAUGAACAAAAAUUCAUUGUGCUUUACUACAUAGAUAAGGAAGGUUAUUGUACGUACACCUUAUCUCAGUAUGCAUCCCCUGACUCAAGAUGGGAGGUUGUGUAUUGUCAAGCCGAUCAAUCUAUGAAGUGCUCUUGUUUGCUAUUUGAGUCAUAUGGAUAUCCUUGUGGGCACCUAUUUGCUAUUAUGAAGGUUGAACAUUUGAAACAGAUUCCACCGACAUGUAUAAUGAACAGAUGGUUGAAAACAGCAAAGUCCGACCUGCCUUACAAACUUGAAUCCCAAAUGUCUCCUGAUAUCAUACGUAUGGCACGGUUUAGUGCAUUGUCUGCUAGUUGUAGUCAGAUGUGUUACUUUGGUUCAAGAACAACACAAGGCUUCGAAGAAUUGAAGGUUGAAAUAGCAAGGUUGACACGCCGCAUGGAAGAACUUUAUAAUUCAAGUAAAGAAGCUGCUGAAGAUGGGAUACGCACUGCGUCCAAUAAAGCAAACUUAAAUGUUCGUGAUCCAGCCAUUGUCAAGACUAAAGGCGACCAUGGUAGCACGAGCAACAGCCACAGCCAUGCGAAAGUUAGGCGAUGCAGCAGUUGUAAAGAUGUUGGACACACAAGGCGCACAUGUCCAUCUACACAUAUUCAACAAGGUGAACAUGUUGAUGGUGACAACGUCCCUGAAUCCAUGGAACAUCCAGCUGUUGGCUCACCUGAUUUGGAAACAAAUUAUUAUAAUUUUCUUUAA